CUCUGCCCCACCUCCACCCCUUGUGCUGGAGCUCCACCCACACACAGGGUUUAGCUAGCGCCCCCCCAGGGGCUCGCGCACGUGCAAUGGGUGCCUCCUUGAGAGGCGGGGUUGCUCUCUGAGCCAAUGAGAGCUUGAGGGGGCGUGGAGGACAGGGAAUCUUCCAGAGACAAGCUCAAGGAAGUUCUAAAGCGUACUGGCAGACCUAGGAGUGAGCUAUGCAGUCGAAACGUGAGUGUGAGCAAUGGUGCGAGAGGGUGAAUCCGGAGAACAAGGCAGCCCUGGAGGCGUGGGUAAGAGAGACUGGCAUCCGCCUGGUGCAGGUCAACGGGCAAAGGAAGUAUGGCGGGCCACCCCCAGGCUGGGUGGGCAGCCCGCCACCUUCAGGGUCCGAGGUGUUUAUUGGACGACUACCCCAGGACGUGUAUGAGCACCAGCUGAUCCCACUCUUCCAGCGCGUGGGGCGUCUCUACGAGUUCCGCCUAAUGAUGACCUUCAGUGGCUUGAACCGCGGCUUUGCCUAUGCACGCUACAGCUCACGGCGCGGCGCCCAGGCCGCCAUUGCCACUCUGCACAACCACCAGCUGCGCCCUUCCUGCCAGCUUCUGGUGUGCAGAAGCACCGAGAAGUGCGAGCUGACAGUAGACGGGCUGCCUCCGAGCUUGAACCGCCGCACGCUACUGCUCGCCCUCCAACCUCUGGGUCCCAGCCUGCAGGAGACAUUGCUGCUACCCAGCCCUGGGUCGGCACCCUCUCAGAUUGCACUGCUCAAGUUCAGCACACACCGAGCCGCUGCCAUGGCCAAAAAGGCCCUGGUAGAAGGGCAGUCACGCCUUUGUGGAGAACAGGUGGCUGUGGAGUGGCUCAAGCCAGACCUGAAGCAGCACUUCCGCCAGCAGCUUGCAGGUCCCUCACUGCGACUCCUCCGGCCCGAUGGCAGCCAGCUAGCCCAGAGCAGGGACAGGCUAGGGUUCCAAGGGGCUCGUGCUGCUCUGCAGCUGCUGUGUCAGCGAAUGAAGCUGGGCAGCCCAGUGUUCCUUACCAAGUGUUUAGGCACAGGGCCCGCUGGCUGGCAUCGCUUUUGGUACCAGGUUGUGAUCCCUGGACACCCAGUGCCUUUCAGUGGCCUAAUUUGGGUUGUGCUGGCAUCUGAUUGGCAGGAUGGGCAUGAGGUGGCCAAGGAUGCUGUUUCUGCGCAGUUGCUGGAAACACUGAGUGAGUUUAGGACCAGCUUGUGGUCUCCUGGGGCUGAAGCAGGUACUAUGGUUAAGCAGUGACCCCUCCCCUCCCCCUCUUCUCUACAGGCAUUCUAAAUGGGUAGGCAGAACCUGUGCCUGUCCCCAGCCCAGCAGGCCUGGGCAGCCACUACUGAAUCACAAAGAGACAGGGCCUGGUUACAGCUUCCUUGCUAGGGCAAACCCUGUCACACCUAAGUGCUAUUUUAGUUGUGAAGAACUUUGCCCUUCCCUAUUGAGCCCAGGGUCUGAUCUGACCUCUGGCCUAGUAUCCUUGGUCAAUUCCCAGUUUGACAAGUAACUCACCAUACCCACACAAAAGAGCUUACUAUGAAUCUGUGUUUUUAUUUGAGCCAAAGGCUCUUCCACCACUUGUUACUGAUUUGGGCUUACAUGGUUU